AUGAAUCCUCUCAACUUAAGGUCGUCAAACAUAUUCUCCGAUUUGGGCCCUGGUACUCCAUUAUAUCACAAGACAGUCUUCAAAGAUGAAGAGACUUCUAUCAGAAAGAACCCGCCGUGGAUGACCCGGGCGUCAAGCAUACUACCCUUAGUCAUGCAUUACAUCACAUCGACCGGCAUUGCCCUCACGCUUAUGUAUUAUAUGAACAAUCGUCCCUUCAACUCUACCCAUCGUAGGCCACUUGUUCAAACGAUUGAUGGAAAAUUGCCAACAUCAUUCUCUCUCACACAAUCAGACAUUGUUACGGUCCUGUCCUCUCUCCUUGUGGUCCAGAAAUGGGCGCUCAUGGCAUGGGUAGUCCCACUUUGUUGGUCCAUUACCAUCUUUCUAAUGGAAAGAAAUGGUCUGCAUCGCCAAGAUCUUAAAGCGCUGGUCAAGUACCGAGUGCUCAUGCCACAAACCUACACAGCAAGCAUACACACGCUCAUAAUCGGCACUUUGUUAUUGAUCAGUUUGGCCGCAAAUCUGACGUCUCCGAUUAUAACGGGCUCCAUAGCUUGGGAUCCACGGAACACACCUAUAAGCUGCUUGUCGACUACACCCAUCCACUUUCUGGAAUUUGAAGAUGAGUUCGCAUCGGUAGUUCCCGGGCCAUUUAUCGAUAUGUAUCUGAAGAGUGCCACGUUUCGACAGAGCUUGGCUCAUUGGGGCCCAAGUCUGGUCAACAUUGCUUGGGGGCGUGCCUCUGAGAAAGGACUCUUUAAAAGAGUCUCAAAGUUUGUGGAACUGCUAGCAAUCAACAGUACUAUUGAAACGGUUGCCCUCCCAUACUUCACCACCGAUUCCAUACAAUGGAUACGUAACCCAAGCGAGCUGCCCGACUACAUCAGAAACAUGCACCCCGAGGACGUUAUGUACGCAUCGUUGAAUCUAUCACCGGGGGGAAACGUUACAAUAGUCGCGGGAGCUGCAUUGUUGAUACCGAAUCUAUCUAAUCCCACCGGCUGGUCGAUCAACCCAUGGGCUUCUAGAACGAUAGAAGAGAAACGCCUAUUAAUUUAUGCAGCUGGCUCAAUUGAAAAAAUGAGUCCCAUGGCAACUCGAAGACUACCCAAGGACACAUACAUAUACGUAGAUGAAGCUAACAUGGACACAUUUUUAUUCGCUUGGAUCACUUUUAGAGCUGGAGCGGGAAGAUGCAAAGAUUAUCAGUGUAUCAUUUCAUCCCGUUCCACGAUACAAAACAAUGACCAAAUUGCCCUUGAGCCGCAUUCACUCGCCUUUCAAGCUUUGGAGAUGGCAGCCACAGUUGCAGCUGGUUUGGCCUACCAAAAUACCUCUAUUCCCUACAUUUCAGAGAACCUCAACGAUUAUAUCGAGGCAAUUCUACUUCGCUCAUACUCAGCUGCAUGGAACUCCAUCGCAAAUUUCGUGUCAACGUCGCAAAUUGUCUCAGGCUACCAUCCCGCCUUGCCCGUCCUAGUCGCCAAGGUCAACAAAGCACGUGUGUUUGGGUGGUUGGGACUUCAACUGUCCGUUACGCUUUUCAGCAUUGUUUUCCUAGUUUUGCAACAAAGAACUUCCAAUUUUUCACCGAUUGGAGACGUUACCCUCGCUGCGUUCUACUUGGACACUACAAGUCUCCCAGAAAGUGACAGUCCAUACGCUUACGUCAAUGGAGCACUCAAGGUCUACGACGAAGACGAUCGGCUGAAAGUAAAAGUGGUCCGAGAUUUGGAUAAGGUUGCGUGA